AUGACGGACGUGAUGAACACCUGUGACUCAACAGGGGGCGGAGCUUCAGGAGAGGAUGGACUGACUUUGCAGGUGGAGCAUUUUCCCAAACUUUCCAGGCGCCUGCCGUCCAUCGUGGUGGAGCCGACAAACGGAGGACAGGUGGAGAGCGGAGAGCUGCGCUGGCCUCCUGAUGAUGUCACCUGUGAUGUCACAGAGGGCCACGCCCAGCAGACAGGUGUACCUGUGGAGGAGGCGGAGCCAGAGGAGCAGGUGAUGGGUGGAGAUUAAAACCUGUGACUGACGUGGCGUCUUCUUCAGCCAAUCAGAGGGCAGGACUCUGUGAGGAGGAAAGGGGUGGGGCCAACAAUUCUGUAGCCCCACCCCCACGACAGGGGGCGGAGUCAGAGCAGACUGAGCCAAUCAGAGAGGAGAAAAUCAAAGUUUAGAUGUUUUGCUGAUUUUGCUGAUCUUAUUUAAUAUAACAUAACGUCAUCACACCUGAGGCCGACCAGGUGAUCAUUAUCAGGUGAUCAUUAUCAGGAGAUUAUUAUCAGGAGAUUAU